UUUGUCAUCCCAAGAUCUUUGACAUUUUGACGCAGGCAUAUAAAAAAUUCCAAGUUAAAGGUAAUGUGCUCACUAUCAAGAACCAAAUCAUUCCAAAUACCUUUACACAUCGUUCAACCCUUAUAUACCUUCAACACGUUACUACCAACAUCUAUUUCCCUGCCAAUAGUGAAUCAAACAAGAAAUAGGCAUACGAUACAUCCAGAACUAUUGAACAAAUUGUAUUACCAAAAAUUAUCGUCUUCUCUUUGCAAUUAUUAUUCUUCUGAAAAAUACCAGAAGUACUUGAAAGAAUACGUGAAGAAGCAAAAACGGAUUCUUGUAGAAUAUUCUCUUAGUAAUGAACAAAAGCCAUCAGCGACGAAAUAUUUGAAACAUAGGACUAAAUCACCUCAACGGAAAAGAAUUAAAAUUAAAAAAGUAAAACCUGAAGAAUUCAAGCUGUAUGAAACUGGAAAAGCAGAUCCCAAUCAGGUAGAGGUUAAACAAAAACCUAAAGCAAUUACGAUUAUAGAAUUGAUUCUUCGACAGAAAAGAGAUGAAUUUAAUAGAAGAAAAGGAGCCUGCGUCAUUUGAAAAGUGAAUAUAUCAAUACACCAAGUGACAUCAUAAAAUACAAUUCUGUUCUUUUAAUUUGGAAAUAAAGAGAUAAUGAUAUUAA